AUGGAUAGUGGAAGUCAGCGUACCUAUAUAACUGAUACAUUAAAGAAUAAACUUGGAAUUGUCUCAGAGAAAUCGGAGGUGUUAAAUUUGAACACUUUUGGCAAUGAUCAAAUCGAAAAACGUAAGUGUGACCAAGUCCAACUGCAGCUGAAGGGGCAGACCAGGAACAUUGAAAUAUCAGCUCUCACAGUUCCAAAGAUUUGCGCUCCACUUUCUACGACCUUAGAUAUUACCCAAUAUCCUCAUUUAGAAGGAUUGGAAUUGGCGGAUGACAACCUGCUUAGUGACGGUGCGUCAUCAGAAAUAGAUAUUCUCAUCGGAUCGGAUCAUUAUUAUGAUAUCGUCACUGGAGAGAUAGAACGUGGAGCCGAGGGCCCUUGUGCUGUGAACAGCGAAUUCUGUUGGCUGGUGUGUGGAAGUGCCAAGAACAGAAAUUAUUGGGGGAACGAAACUGUGACCAAUUUUGUAGCUGAACAACAAGACGUGUUAUUGUACGAUGCCUUUGUUACUGACGAGCAAAAAGACCUAACAGAAUUACUUGGUAAAUUUUGGAACACGGAAGCAAUUGGAAUUAAGGAAGAAACUGACAUGGCAGAGAAGCAGUUUUUGAAGAAUGUGAGGUACGAUGAGGUACAGCAACGGUAUCAAGUUGGUUUGCCUUGGAAAGAUGGAUGUAUGCCCGAAACGAAUGGUUAUACUCAGUGUGUGAAACGAUUAAAUAAUGUCUAUUCACGUUUAAAGGCCGAGCCUGAGUUAUUGAGCGAGUACGAUCAUGUUAUUCAGCAACAGCUUCAAACCGGGAUAAUCGAACAGGUUUUUAAUUCGACCGACCUCGGGGUGACGCAUUAUCUACCGCAUCAUGGCGUAAUUCAACGCGAAAAGCUAACAACGAAAUUACGUGUUGUUUUUGAUGGCUCUGCGAAACACGGAGAUGCCACUCUGUCAAUCAAUGAGUGUCUUGAAAAGGGGCCUAAUUUAGUACCCUAUCUCUUCGACAUAUUAAUUAAAUUCCGGGGAUUUCCAAUUGGAAUUGCCUCUGAUGUGGAAAAGGCAUUCCACCAAAUUGAAAUCGCUCCGAAGGAUCGACGAAUGCUACGCUUUCUAUGGUUCGAUGACAUUACGAAAGAUCACCCUGAAAUUAUACACUAUCAAUUCUGCCGCCUCGUGUUUGGGUUAACGCCAAGCCCAGCAAUCUUGUCGACCGUUAUUGAACAACACUUGGAGAGUCAAAUGGAGGAACACCCAGAAAUGGUCUCGUUGUUAAAGGACUCGUUUUAUGUCGAUGAUAUGAUCGGAGGAUCGUGGGAUGAUUCAGGGGCUAUCGAAAUUUAUGAAAAGUCUAACAAAAUUAUGGGAGAAGGCGGAUUUAAGUUGCCGAAGUGGACUUCAAAUUCGAGUGUGUUUCGAAGUCAGGUAGCGUUAGAUCAGCAAGGAAAGGAAGAAGAAUCCACUAUUGUAGAAAAUCGCGAGAGCGAGUGUGUUAAAACCCUCGGGAGCGAAAACGAGCCGACAGGAGUUCAAACGGAAGGCAAGAAAACUAUGCUAGAUCGCGUGAACGAGUCAAAUGAUUCGGACG